UAUAAAAGAUUGGGGUUGAGUACUAUGGCGGCGAUAGAAGCACGGAGUUUUCGCCCAUCCUUUUCCUUAGGUCCCUGCUGAACAGCAAUUAUCAUGAUUUACCCAUUCAUCAUCGUUUGCUCGCUUCUUUUCGGUGUUACCGCGUCUCCUCUCGCUCCAACCCAAACACCUGGCCUAUCUGUUCCCAUUCGAAAAUUCGUCAAUGUAACGAGCGGGCAUAAUCUUGUCAAUACAGGCCGCUCCCGAGCUCAGUCCUUCCGUGAUCGUGCUGCGUCAAAGCGUGUUUCCUCCACGAAAAGACAGGAAGUGCCUGUCGUGAACGAGAUCAUCACAUACAUCGCAGAGAUCACUGUGGGCACUGAUAAUCAGACCUUCCAUUUGCUUGUUGAUACCGGAAGUUCAAACACUUGGAUCGGCGCCAACUCUAGCUAUGCGUAUGUCCCCUCAUCCAGUAGCGUGUGGACAGACGACAUUGUCAUCGUCGACUAUGGCUCCGGAUAUUUCUUUGGGUACGAAUACUAUGAUACAGUAGCGCUCUCAAACGAUCUGAUCAUUAAAAAUCAGUCAAUUGGAGUUGCUGAUUUCCAACAAGGAUUUACAUCUAUGGAUGGGAUUUUGGGUAUUGGCCCUGUCGCCUUAACCGAUGGUACCAUCCUCGGUGACCUGGCCCCAGUGACCACAGUGCCGACAGUGAGCGACAACCUGUUCAGUGAAGGUGUCAUCUCCACUGAAGUUGUUGGCAUUGCCUUCGUCCCUACCACCGGUGCCGAGGACGAGCCAGAGGGAGAAUUGAUAUUUGGUGACGUGGAAGGCAGCUCUAAGUACACUGGCCAAAUAACUUAUACACCGAAGGAGACGGAUUACUGGGGAAUCACACAGUCCAUCUCAUACAGUGGUAUCGAGAUCAUGGCGAGCGCAGUCGGCGUUGUUGACACAGGAACGACUUUGAAUUACAUGCCUACCGACGCCUUCAAUGCAUAUAUUAACUCUACUGGUGGAAUAUUUGAUGAGGCCACAGGACUCUACGAAAUCACCGAGGAGCAAUAUGAUGCACUCGAUGACUUGGUUUUCACUAUUGGCGGUACUGAUUUUCCACUGCCGGCAAAUGCCCAAAUUUGGCCCAGGACGUUGAACGCAAAUAUUGGAGGAGAGGGGGGCAAAAUUUAUCUUGCUGCAGUUGCUACUGAUCCAGUUGAGGACCUCAAUUUCAUCAAUGGUUACGUGUUCCUGGAGAGAUAUUUCUCGGUUUUCGAUAACACCAACUCUAGAGUAGGGUUUGCCCCGACUGCCUAUACGAAUGCUACAACCAACUAGAACCAACUAGGUGGGAAAAAAUCAUCAUUAUGCUUGGGUCUGCAUUAAUACAUAGAUCUGUCUGUACUAUGUAUCAACGGUAUAUCC